UUGCCGCGUGCGGACGUGUUCGCGGUGUGGGUCUCGUCGUCGUCGUUGACGUUGUGUUCUACGCAGUAUCGCCGGCUAUUAGCAAUAGGGAUUAACUUGUACUUGUCACUGCCCAACGAACGUUACGAAUGGUUUCGCCAGCAGCUGCCAGCUGAACUCUGACCUGUGAUAUUCCAGACCGUGGACUGUUUUAGGCAACGCUAGACUAGCGGGUUCGUGUCGUAUUGGACAGAUCUUGUGGUGUCAAUACGGCUGUGAUAACAACACCCCCCUUAGAUAUAAACGGUUCGCGCGUGUUCAAGUGAUUGUGGGUUUGUGUGUGUGUGCAUGUCUGCUCGGUGACCGGACUGGCCAAGAUUUCGCGCCGCGAUCGGACGACGCGUUCGGCGGCGAUGUACAACGAUAACAGGCGCAACUUCGAAAGUGGCGGCGGUGGAGAUAAGGACAAAUGUUUUCCCUACUCGAUACUAGCCAAGACGCGCCAGCAGCAAAAGGUCAUGCAGACGAUGCAGCCACCGACGGCGCCGGUACACUACCCGGUGGCGAUGGGCCUGCCCCAGUCCAACCUAGGACAAACGUUCAAUAGCGGCCACCCCGUAUCAACCGCUGUGGACGCUCCCUUCUACGGGAACGCCAUGGUCACCGACGUCGGCAUCUGCUUCAGCAUGAGCAACGUCAACCUGAACAGCGACUUCCCUCCCUACUUGGGCCACCCGUCGCUAUCUGUUCUAGGUCGGGGAACCAGGAAUACAUCCCCACCGGUGGCAACACCACCAGCAACUCCCGUACUCAACUGCCGUAUGGGACCACCCCAACCUCAAGUCUACAAACCGCGCAACAACACUCCCCCAAUAGCACUCCCAAACCCAGUGUACCCCGGACAACCCGCCCUUCCCCCCUUCAACCCGUACUACUUCGCCCACCCCAAAAUCCCCAUCAAAAUCUACAACAACCAAACCUACCCGUUCCUCCCGGACCUAGCCAACUCCGGCUCAACAGCCUCGGUAGCGGCCGCGUACGGCCAACAGCUCAACAACUACUACACCACGAUCCCGACGGCCGUCGGCAACCCACCAAUCCCCGACCUAAGCCAAGUUCAACUCGUAACCAAGCGGCGCCAAAACGCGAAAAAAAACCUCCUGAACAACCAGUACUACGGCAUCUGCAUGACCGAGUGCGGCAACGCGAUGAACAGCGCACAUCCGGAACCGGAACUGGAACCGCCGCCGGUGAAAGUGGCCGUCAUCGCGGACGAGCCGCAAGAUUUUAGCAUCAGGAAGAGUCCCGUCAAGUCGGAACUGCUGGGGGUGGAAACGAUGGAGGUGGAUGCGGAACAUGAUCAGCUGGAACGGGCACAGGUCGCUAGCCCCGAGCAGCGGCAGCUGGAGGAGUGUCGCCGACGGGCGGCCGCCCCGAAGAAGAAGUGGAUACGGCACUAUCUGAAGGAUGAGCCCAUCCUGAACGGACAUUCCAGCAGUACAGCACCACCGCUAGUAGUGAUAUCGACCAGCAGCAGCGGCAGCAAUGGCCAACAGCUGCUGCACCACCACCACAACAGCAGCAUCAGCACCCAGCAGAAGCAGCACCUUCCACCCGCCCUCACCAUUGAUCUCUCGACCAAGAGCAGCAGCCAUCAUCUGUCCCACCACGCGGCUCGGUUAUCCAGCGGGACGCCCCCGUCCGCCUCGUCCGGCUGUUCGUCCUCGUCGACGUCCUCCACGCUGACGAUCUCCCCCGUGGACGACAGCCAGUCCUCGCUCAACCUGAGUGGCAGUUCCACCACGAGCGGCUACAUCACCAGCCUCAGCGCCAACAGUUCCAGCUCGCUCAACCUGAGCGGAUCGCCGCCCGGUUCCGGCGGCUGUCUGUCCUCGUCGUCGUCGACUUCGUCCGCUUCGUCCACCUCGUCGCCGCUGCCGCAUGAUCUGGUCAUCGUGCAGCAGCAGCAGCAGCAGCAUCAGAUGUUGUUGUCGUCUUCUUCGCAACAGUCGCCACCACCCGGCGGGCUUAGUUCGGGGUUGCUCGUUCAUGUGCCCACCGGAGGUCGACGGCGAACCGUCAGCUCAAACAGUAAUGGGGUCGGCACGCGGGAGGUCCACAACAAGCUCGAGAAGAACCGGCGGGCCCACCUGAAGGAGUGCUUCGAGCAGCUCAAAAAGCAGCUCACACUCCAACCGGACGAGAAGAAAACCUCCAACCUGUCGAUCCUGCACGCGGCCAUCCGCCACAUCCAGGUUCUGAAGCGCAAAGAGCGCGAGUACGAGCACGAGAUGGAGCGGCUCGCCAAGGAGAAGAUUUCCUCCCAGAACCGCAUCCUGGUGCUGAAGCGCGAGCUGUCCCAGUGGGGCGACGUGGACUUUUCCCGGCUUGCGCCGGACACGGACGCGAUCCCCACGGCCAGCAACGGCAGUGCGACGCCCUCGGAGAGAGAUCUGUUGAACGACCCGCCGGGCAUUGCCCCAGGCCGCAACGGCAUUCGGUACAGCUCGUCCAGCUCUCUGUCCAGCGUCGCGACGACGGCGUCGUCGAUCGGGAAUCUACCGCUUCAGACGACAAUUUCGCCGGUUCUGGUGGCGGCCUCUUCGUCUCCCUCCCGUGCCAGUCCGCCGUCGGCGACGAUGGCGCGCAGUUCAAAUUCUCCCGCGGCCAUGCCACUGUCCCUGACGACGAAAUCCGUCCCGGACCAGUCACCGCUCAAGCUGAACGGGUUGAACCUGAGCAACGGAACGUCGAGCAGUGGACCGACGACGACGGCGACGUUGCCGCUGAUGGUCGGAAGUCAGUCGCAGCUGUUUACACCGGUGACGACGAUUCUGACCACCGGCAACGGUUCCGCCAUCCAAACGUUGCCACUGAACCUGAACGUGACUUCGAACGGCCACCAUCAUCAAAACGGACUGAUUACGAGUACGGCGUCCGGCCUGCAGAUCAUCGGAACGUCCAGCACCAACGGCGCGACUGCAUUUCCCCUGCCGACCUCGGCGGUCGUCACCAACGGCAAAGAACUGAUCAACGGAACCACCGCCAACGGGACGACGAAGAACGGUCUGCGCACCGCGACGGUCUCCGACGCUGGCGGGAACAAAAUCGAGAUUAUUGCCACCCAGACGACGGCCGGAUCGGGGCUGGAACCACCCGCGACCAAGGUCAUCAAGCUGGUCAACGGGAACACCCUCGUCGGACUGACCUCCAUGGACAAGGACAAAAUGAUGCUGUCCCAGGUCGUCCAACAGGGUGGCAUCGUAGUCAGCCCCAUCCAGCUGUUGACUUCCACGCAAGGUCUCCGGGUGAUCCAGCAGGCCCCAAACGGCCUCGCCACCAUCGAGCUCAGCAGUCCCACCAAUGUACAGUCUCAGCCAAGCCAAGUGCAUCGAACCACCGGUGGUAACAACGGAAUCACCAGCUCCGCCAUCGUACCCCACAACCACAACCAUCAGCAUUUACCCAGUCAAACCCACCAACACCACCACCACCAGCCGCACCAGCAGAUCCAGCAGGUAACGGGAGCCCAGCUGCACAAACUCCUGCUCAGCUCGGCGGCAGUCACCAACGGAACGCCCACCACCACAACAACCAUCAACGGCGGCACCACGCCGGAGCUGGCCCGGUUGCCGGGUGGAGCCGAACUGAACAUCCUGCCGGCGGGGUCGAACGGCAGCACGACGACGGCCACGUUGCCACUGUACCGGACGACGACCGUCGGCGGACCGCAAACCCAGGCGGGCAAGCUGACCUUCGUGAAUGCCAUCGCCAACGGCAACGGGCUGACGCUUAAAGGAACCGACGUUUCGGGCGCGAGUCGCGGCGCCGUGCACGUGGUCCAGUCCGGCCAGCUGUCCAGCUUGACGCCGGUGGUCGUGUCACGGUACGAUCACCACUUGCACCACCAGGACGCGGUGACGACCAGUUUGUUCACGACGGCCCCCGCGUCCGGCAAGAUGGGCACCCUGGUGUCACGGAACUGAACCGCCAGCCACGUUUAAACCGAACCCAACAAAAAAACAAUUCAAACAGUGCGUGAUUAUGUUGUCUCCAUUUUACCUACCGAAACUACAGAUCCUACUACAAAAAGAAAGAGAAAAAAGCAAAGACUAAGUACUACAAACCACAACCUUAAGUGCCCUCUCUCCGACCAACCUAGUUUUCGCUUCCAUUUUUCAACUUUUCUAUUGUUUCCUUCCCCGAGGCUAUUGACAUAUCCCAGUAGCAAAGCAAAACAAAAAGAAAACGCAAUAGACGAUACACCCAAUCGGUUUCCAAAAAAAAAAAACAAACAAAGAGAGAUUUUGUAAAUUAGCAUGAGGGCCUCUCUCGGAGAGAGACAAUGAUUCCGGAAUCGUUGCGACAGCGAGUGGAACAAAAAUAAAACAAAGCAAAAUCGUGGACCCAACUUUUUUUUUUCUGCGUGACUUCGUCACCGGGAAGAUAAAAAAAAUAACUGUAAAUUAGUACUAUUGUAUGUUACAAGGCGAAAAUUGAGAAAGAAACACAUUACAAAAAAACACACAAACACACACACAUUUGUAUUUAUAAUUUUUCUACGAGUUAUCAUUUGUAGCCCAAUUUUAUUUUAUUUUUUUAACAAUUAACGAUACAAAUCAAAAAAAGGAACCACACAAACAUGUUUGUAAAUGUGUAGACCACAAAGUAAAGUACUGCGGUAAGAAGUUUGUAAAACUAAGCAAAAUAAUCAAAUGCAAGGAAAAAGAAAGAAAAAAAAACAAGACACACUUACUGUAAGUCAAAACAAAACAGAAAUUAAGUAGAAACGAAACCCAACAA